GGUACUAUAGGAUUUGGAAGAUACACUAACAUGCAUUUCUUCUUUCCAACAGAUGCGGGAAUAUUGUCUCCGACUACGAAACAUGGUCGAGACCGGAUGCAGCAAAGAGGAGCUUUCGGCAGCAAUCGACACCAUGAUUGAGGGGGUGUUCCGGGUCGUCAGCAUCUGCCUGGGGAACCCUCCCGCCACCUUCUGCUGGGAAUAUUACGACAAGGAGAAGAACUAUCACAAGAUCGGGCCCAUCAGCCCCGCGAAGUUCUACCAAGACCACGUCAAGCCGUUGUUUGAUAUGGAGAGCAAGGUGUGUCUGGUGAACGAUCCUCGACCCCGGAACAAAUACAACCAGCUCUACACCGUGGAGUAUCUGGGCAACAUGGUGGGAGGCAGGAGGACUCUUUACAACAACCAGCCGGUAGAGCUCUUGAAAAAGAUGGUGGCCGCGUCCAUUCAGGAUGGAGAGGCCGUGUGGUUUGGCUGCGACGUUGGAAAAUGUUUUAAUAGCAAGCUGGGCAUCAACGAUUUGAAGAUAUACAAUCAUGAGCUGAUGUUCGGGGUGUCAGUCAAGAAUAUGAAGAAAGACGAGCGGCUGAUUUUUGGGGACUCCAUGAUGACGCACGCAAUGGUCAUUACAGCCUUCACGAAGAAAGAAGAACCGGACGAGGGCUACGAGAAGUGGCGCGUGGAGAAUUCGUGGGGUGAAGACCGUGGGAAUAAAGGUUACCUGCUGAUGACGGACGACUGGUUCUCGGAGUUCGUGUACGAAGUGGUCAUCGACCGCAAACACGUCCCAGAGGAGGUCCUGGACGUGCUGCAGCAGGAGCCUUUUUGCCUGCCCGCCUGGGAUCCCAUGGGGGCUCUGGCCCACUGAGCAGUCGGGAGAAGGAGGGGACCACCCCCCCUCUCCUUCUGGGUCAACUCCAAGCCGGCGGGAGCCCCGGAGCGGGGGGGGGGACGGGGUCUGCAGCCCGGGAUGGAUGGGAGGACCGACUUCCCAGCUAGAGGUGCUAACAUUCACACAUACCACCCCCCACCCCCCCACCCUUCAGAAGGCGCCGUCCACCUCUGGCCAGGGGUGUGUGUGUGUGUGGGGUGGGGGGGUCGUCUCCUUGCAUCGGCGUUUCUGCUUUUCAUUGUAACACGGUGCCCCCUUCUUUUCUUUCUUUCUUUCUUUCUUUUUUUUUUUUUUAAAUGGCUUUUUAAACUCAUCUUAACGCACUCAUUCUAAAACGGGGAAGGGGUUCUUUUGAACGAGCUGUAUUCAAAAAGAAAAAAAAAACAUGGAAGAUUUUAGUAGGACUCUUUCUAAACCGGAAAUGGAGGGUUUUGCACCCUUGAAUCGAGAUGCACCAUUCUGGGGGGGGGGGGGAGAGGAUGGAUCCCCCCACCCUUGGGGGUCCUUGCCCUGCUGCCUCGUCGGAGGAUAAGAGAUUCGGGGCGAUGUGGGUCUGUUAUCCUGUCAUUUCUACCUGUCCCCAUCUUUUUCAGGCUGGUUUUUCGACAACCUGGCUGGCCGAUUUCCUUUACUGAAUUCUAUUCAAAGCAAAAAAAAUAAUAAUAAUAAUAUAAGGAAAAUAUAUCUUAACGUUCAUAAUGGCCUCCGGACCGAUAACUGGACAGUCUGCGAUGCGUCUUACCUGAGGGCACCAGGUUGGAGAAAGAUAGUUUUCUUUUUUUUUUUUUCUUUUGCUCAACAGGAUUCCAGUUGGUGGGAUCUCCUUUUGGUGGGAUCUCCCUUUGGCGAGAUCUCCCCUUCCCCACGGGGAAGGCAGAGCGAACAAUUGUUAUAAAAACAGGCCGGCCAAGACCUCCCCCCCUUCCCUCCCCCCCCCCAGUGAAAGGGAAGCAUUGCAAAAUAAUAAUAAAUAAAUAAAUAAACCGCAUUUCCUAUGUCCUCAACAACUCUUAUGGUGCUAUGAAGUAUUUUAAUUAAAACACUUGCCUGAAUUGA